AUGUCCUCUACCACAGUUCCCGCAAAACCAGAAAAAUCACUUCCGUUUUUAUAUCAUUUUGCCGCCGGUGGUAUCGCCGGAGUUAGCGAAAUUCUUAUAAUGUACCCUCUUGACGUGGUAAAGACAAGAUUUCAGCUACAGGUUGAUGGCACACCUAUAAGUGAAAGAUAUACCUCGGUAAUGGAUUGUUUUCGGAAGAUUGUCAAGAAUGAAGGAUUUGGUCGACUUUAUAGAGGCAUUCUUCCUCCCAUCCUUGUGGAGGCACCAAAAAGAGCCAUCAAGUUCUCGGCAAAUGAAAAAUAUUCUAAUUUUUUAAAAAAUGUAUACGGUACCAAUGAAAUGAAUCAGGCAAUGUCCAUCCAAUCAGGUGUCGGUGCAGGAGUCACUGAAGCCUUUAUUAUAGUUCCUUUUGAACUUGUCAAGAUUCGUCUCCAGGAUAAAGGAAAUGCCGGAAAAUAUAAUGGUACCUUUGAUGCUUUGAUCAAAAUCGUUGGGAAUGAGGGUAUAUUCGCACUAUUUAAUGGACUGGAAGCGACAUUGUGGAGGCACGCUACUUGGAAUGGUGGAUAUUUUGGUGUGGUUUUCGGUGUGAGAAAACGUCUUCCCAAAGCGGAAAACAAACAACAACAAUUGAGAAACAAUUUUAUUGCGGGAUCCAUUGGUGGCACCGUGGGAACUAUCUUAAAUACUCCAUUCGACGUUGUCAAAACUCGAAUUCAGAAUGAUUCAGGACCCGUAAGAAAGUACAAUUGGACCCUUCCUGCUGUGAAAACGGUUAUCCAAGAGGAAGGACCCAGGGCUCUUUACAAGGGAUUCGUUCCUAAACUUCUCAGGCUUGGUCCAGGAGGUGGUAUUCUCUUGGUAGUAUUCGACCAGGUCACAACCUUGAUGAAAAAAUAUUUUCUAUAG